UUUCAUGACAGCAUAAAUCAGGCUUCCACUGCAUUUCUUCACAACUGCCACAUGUUUUCUUUGCAGAUCAAGGACCUUGAAGUUCUCAACUGUGAAUAUGGCAAGAAUACAAUUAAGUUCCUUCGCCUUCAUAGAGAGGGAAAGAAGCAUUUCGUUAAAGAAGUGGAAGUGUGUGCACAUCUCCGGCUGACUUCUCCUCAGGAGUACCUGGAAGGGAACAAUUCUCUUGUGAUACCUACAGACACCAUAAAGAAUAUUGUCCUUGUGUUGGCCAAAAAAAAUGGGAUCCCAAGUUUAGAACAAUUUGCUAUAGAUAUCUGCAAUCACUUCAUGACAACAUUUUGCCAAGUGGCCUACGUCAAAACCUACGUUCAAGAAGUACCAUGGCAACGUCUGCAUGAGGAUGGAGUUCCCCACAUCCACUCAUUCAUAUGUGUUCCUGAUGGGAUCCGCUUCUGUGAAGCUGAGCAGUGCCGGAAUGGUCCUCUGGUUGUCUUUGCUGGAAUUAAGGACCUGAAACUUAUGAAGACAACGCAGUCUGGAUUUGAAGGCUUCUGUAAGGAUGAACACACCACACUUCCUGAAAGGCAUGACAGGAUUCUGUGUGGAGAGCUCUUCUGCAAAUGGUCAUAUGGCGAAUGCAAGGAUUUUGACUUUGACUGCAUAUGGAAGAAAAUCCGUGAAUGUAUCCUUGAAGCCUUUGCUGGACCACCUGACUGUGGGGAAUAUUCACCCUCUUACCAGAAAACUGUCAACUGUAUCCAGAUGCUUGUCCUUUCCAGAGUGUCACAGGUACAGGUCAUAGAAGUCGUCUUGAACAACACUUUUUAUAAUGUUGUAGACAUGAAGAAUCUAGGCUUGACCAAUGACAAAGAAGUUUUGGUUCCAGUGGAAGCUCCUUAUGGCUCCUGUGCUUGCACACUUGGCAGGAAGAAGUUUUUUGAAGUACAAGCCCACAUGCUGAGAGAUGAGAGGAAAUGUCAGUUUGGACUGGCAGCUGCCCAGGGCAACUAAACUUCUUGGCUAUAUUCAGCCUUCCUGAUAAACUUAGUAGCAUGGCUUUCCUAUCAAUGUUUACUCCUUAUUGGCCUCUUCCAUUGCUGACUACUUUUCCCUGCAUGGAAAAAUACUCCUGAACAUGGGAUUUAUGAAGGACCCUCAUGAAAUCAGAAAUCAAAGUCUGCCCCUGAAU